CUCUCCUCCCCCACCCCACGCUACAUUUUUUUUUUCCCGUUUUCCCCCGUUUUUCCCCCAUUUCUCCCCCACCAUGUCCGAGUCCCUGGGCUGGUGCGUGGAGGCCGUGCGGGCCGCGGCCGAGCCGUCGCUGUCGCGGGCGCUGCUGGCGCUGCGCGCCCGGCACACGCGGCGGGCCGGGGGCCCCGCUCGGUUCCGGGAGCGAGGGGGGCUCGGGCCGCUGCUGGAGCUCGUGGGGCCCGAGCGGCCCCGGAGGGUGCUGGAGCUGGCGCUGAGCGUGCUCGGGAACUGCUGCACCGAGCCCGGCUGCCGGCGGCAGGCCAGGAGCCUCGGAGGGGUGCCGCGGCUGGUGGCGCUGCUGGCGCUGCCCGCCGUCCCCGAGAGCGCGCGGAACCGCGUGGCGCGCACGCUGGCCAACCUGGCCCUGGAGCCCGACGGGGCCCGCGCCGUGCUGGACGCUGGUGAGCGCCGCUUCGGGGACAAUCCGGGGAAAUUCGGGAAAUUCCGGA